UGGGAGUUGGGACACGAGAUCAGCUCACAAACAUAAAAUUUUGGGCUCCUGAAAGCCGAUUGCAAUAUCCAGACAGUAUUUCCGCAUUUGUCUGGGAUUCGGCCCAAAACAUAGUUGUUCACCCAGCGCGCGCAGCAACCACACACUCUGCCCUCCCACCCGUCAUCCAACCAAAGUUACCGAACCACAAACCAGUAACCAAAGGAGACACAAACACUUCUCUUGAACCACCCAACCGUCCAUGCACCUCUCAAACGGAUAAACAAUGGCUUCCACUCCAAUCCUCUCUCACCCUUCUGCAACCCCCAAAAUUCUGCGAGUCUCCUCUAAUUUAUCCUCCAAACUAUCAUCUACCAACUUCCCCUCUAAACCCUCAUGUAGAAAUAGCAGACCCAUCACAAAACUCUACGUCUCCUCGCCAACAAACAAACCCACCAUCAACGCCCCAACCAAAGCAACGGAGGAGACCAUCUUCUUCGACGGUGGAGCUCACUACGGCGAUCUAGUGGCUAAUCUCCUUCUGGGUUUCACCCUACUUUGGUUGCCGCUGACAUUAGCGGCUGUUUCGAGGGCUUUCUUUCUCAGGUACAGGUUUACCAAUUUGAGGGUGACUGUCAUUUCUGGUCUAACGGGACAAGACCGGAGCGAUUUUUCUUACAAAGUGAUUAAAGACGUUCAAGUGGUGCCGCGUUUUAUUGGCGAAUGGGGAGAUAUUAUUAUUACAUUGAAGGAUGGGACGAAGGUGGACCUCAGAAGUGUGCCCAGAUUUAGGGAAAUUGCCAAUUAUUGCCUUUCGAUGGCUGAUCAAUCGCUGGUUUCGGAGGUAAGGGAAGCUACGCCUAAAGGUUUCUGAGGGUCUUGUUUGGUUGAUGGUUUUGUUGGGUGAUCAUUCGACAAUACUUUUCAAGAGGUAUGCAAUAAUUUUUCUUCUGUCCGUUUUACUAUUUAGCAGAGAUGGAAAUGGGGUUUCAUUUUGUUUUUUCGAUGGUAAUUAAAAGGCAAGUUGUUUAUAAUUUUCUAUGUGCAUUAAUUUGUAAGAAUUUGCUUUCCUGGUGAAAUGAGACUCUGUUUCUUUAAAUCCAACAAGGUAAUCUAACUUUGAAAAUGAGAGCUAUAUACAGAGCUAUAGGCUUAA